AUGAACGCGCCCCCUGCCCGUAGAAGGUGAGAGAGUAUCUGGAAGAGACGACUCGAGUACGCGACUGCAGGGAUCGAUCGGAUUAAACUCGAAUUGAGUGAAAUUAACACAAAGGAGAAAAACCGAGUCGGUGAAGACGGGAUACCGACACGCCGAACAUGAUAAAAUAACUUGAAUUUCGUCAUUUAUUAACGGACCAGAAAGGAUUGUACUGGAGAUACUAACGGGAGUUAAUUUGAGAAAACCUGAAUUGACCAAGCUUGUUGGGUCCUGUAACCUGUCUUUGCCUGACUCUGCAUUCUCGUUUUCUGGGAGAAUUAGGGAAAUAUGGAGUGACAUGCUGAAGAUCAUUUAGCGGAUUAGGCUUUGAGGACAUCCACCUCUGUGUGAGCGCAGGUUCCCUGGAGCCUCAUUCCCUCCAGCAGCAAUGGCUGACCCGGGGAUGUUGAGCCUGUUCGGGGAUGAUGCCAACCUGUUCUCGGACGGGCUGGAGGGCCUGGGGGACUGUGGCUUCCCCCAGGGCCAGCCCAACCCCGUAGGACAGCAGGAGCACCAGGACUACGGGUCGCUCUCCUCCAACUCACUACACCACCCCUCGCAGGCCGUCCCCGGAAAGCCCAAGAUGGGUCACCCCUACGACCCCUUUGCAGGCUACGAGCAGCAGCAGGACAACGGCCCCGCCGUCAACAGCAUGGUGACCCCGCACUCACGCUACCACAACAGCCCCCAACAACCCGGAGGGGGGCACCAUGUCUACCCCAGAGCCCAAGGCGAUGGGCACGGGCAGUCCUUCCCUGACGGAGGAGCCGCGUGGGGCCCCCAGACUGGCCCCGGGCAGGGCAGGCCUCCAUUCCAGCAGCAACAGGCAUCCGCCCAGGCCCCAUCCCACCAGCAGCACGGCCCCUCUGGGCCCCAGGCCCCAUCCCACCAGCAGCACGACCCCUCAGGGCCCCAGGACCACGGCCACCGUAUGGGCCCCUACAUGGGCCGGUCCGACUACGCCACUAUGCAGGGCCACCCUGGCCAGACCCAGACGCCACCCAGGAUCAACCACUUCCCUCCGGGCAUGGGCCAGGAGCCCAACCACUACAUGGGCCACGUGGGGCUCCAGCAGAACUCCAGCAUGACGGGCCACCCGGCACAGCAACAGCAGUUUCUUCACCAGCCCGGCCAGGGCCCUGUUCACACCCAGGACCGCAUGGCCUCCCACACCUCUCACCAGCAGCACCAGGGCUUGGCCGGGAGGCCACACCAGAACAUGGGGUUCAACAUGCACGGCCAGGCAGCCUCUCCUGGUGCUGUAACCAGCUCAGGGCCGUACCCCCCCUACCCCCAGUACAGCAACCAUAAUCAGGGAUUAGCCGGCAGUGCAGGGAUGAGUCCCGGCAUGAGCCUCAGCAGCACCAGUAACAACAACAGUAGCGCCAGCGGGCCAAUGGGGCCAGCACAAGUCCAGUGUUACCCCAACGCAGGGGGGGCCCCACAGCGCUACCCGGGUCCUCAGGUACACCAGCAGCCUGUCCACCCCAACCAAAUCACCAGCCAGCCCAUGCACCCCUCCCAGGCCCAGGCCACCCCCCAUAAGCAGCCCCACCUCCCCACACCACCUCAUGGAUCUUACGGCUCUCCCACCUCCAUGUCCCCCAUGAAGGGCAUGGGAACCACCGCGGUCACACCUCCGCCUCAACAGGUCCGACCCCCUAGUGCAGGUCUUGCUCCCGAGGUAGGGUUGUACCCUGGAGUGCCACUCCAGGCCCCUAACCCCAUGGCCCCUCAGAGAAACACCACUCCCCUGGGCGUGCAGCAACCGCAACAUCAUCCCCAGCACCUCUCCCACCCACAGCAGCACCCCCACAUGCCCCCGAGCCAGCAGCUCUACCCGGGUAUGUCCCCCAACCAGAGAGGCCCUCUCGACCAGGUGAGACCUCCAGGUCCUAUGGCCCACGGUGAGCCUCCAGGACCACAGGACCAGCGGCUGCUCCCUCCCCAGCAACAGGCUCCCAAAUCUGGGCUGCAGCCUCCUCCCGUGGCCUUCCAGCAGCAGGUGCACCCAGCCCAGACCGCUUUGCCCUCGUCACAGGCUCAGACACAUCUGGCCGGCCCCCACCACCAGAGCUCCCCGCCCAACCAGCCACCUUGGGCGCCGGCAGGACACCAGUCGCCUCCAACCCCCCAGAAAGUGCCUCACAUUCAGUAUUCUACGUCAUCUGAGAUGACAGCUUCUGACAGGACACCCGCUUCGGGGGCAAACCUCCAGCCAGCCAACCGUGACAAGAAGCCCACUGAGCAGAAACCAAAAAAGAAGAAAGCAAAGGUGAUGGUGGAGGAAAGAGUAGAGGGGAAAAAGAAACCAAAAAAGAAGAAAGGAGGAUGUAUAGAGGAAUGUGGCGAGGAGGGGAAACGAAAGGUCGGGGACAGUCCCUGGGCGGAGGUUAACUGUCUGACAGGUGCCCUGGAGGAAUCGCUUGUGGUGAAGACAAAGAAGAAACCGAAGGAGCCUAAAGAGCCCAAGACUCCAAAAACACCCAAGACUCCCAAAGAGCCCAAGGAGAAGGCCAAGAGCACUACCCCCAAGGCCAAGAAGCCCAGAAGCACUAAGAAGGUGGAGUCAGCGGAGGGCAGUGGCAGCAGUGUGAAGGAGACUAAGAGGAAGAGGGACCCCUCGGUCAGCUCCGAUGUGGAGAAGUCACCCCCAGGCCCCUCCGAUGAGGACGACGACGACAUGGAAUCGGGAGAGAAAAUGGAAGUGGAAGAAUUCUAUGUGAAAUUCAAGAGCUUCUCCUACCUGCACUGUCGCUGGGCAGAUCUGGAGGAGCUGGAGAAGGACAAAAGGAUCCACCAGAAGGUCAAGCGGUUCAGGGCCAAGCAGGCCCUCCCCACCUUCGUGACAGAGCCUGUAAAGCUGUACCUGGUGAAGUGGUGUUCCCUGCCCUAUGAGGAUAUAACUUGGGAGCUGAAGGCCGACAUCGACCAGGCCAAGAUCGAUGAGUACGAGGCCGUGGCGGCCCGUCAGCCCGAGACCAAACGCGUGGAGCGACCUCCCACCGAAAACUGGCAGAAAUCCGAGAGUUCCAGGGAUUAUAUAAACGACAACGCACUCAGGGAAUACCAGCUGGAGGGAGUGAACUGGUUGCUCUUCAACUGGUACAAUACACGGAACUGCAUCCUAGCAGAUGAAAUGGGCCUGGGCAAGACCAUCCAGUCCAUCACAUUCCUCUAUGAGAUCUACCUGAAGGGGAUCCACGGGCCCUUCCUGGUCAUCGCCCCCCUCUCCACCAUUCCAAACUGGGAGCGGGAGUUCCGCACGUGGACCGAGCUCAACGUGAUCGUUUACCAUGGCAGCCAGGCCAGCCGCAAGACCAUACAGGCCUACGAAAUGAACUACCGCGACGUGCAGGGUCGUGUGAUAAAGGGAGCGUACAAAUUCCAUGCGGUCAUCACCACAUUUGAGAUGAUUCUGACAGACUGUCCGGAGCUGCGCAGCGUCCCGUGGCGCUGUGUGGUCAUCGACGAGGCUCACCGCCUCAAGAACAGGAACUGCAAACUGCUGGAGGGUCUCAAGAUGAUGGACAUGGAGCACAAGGUGCUGCUGACCGGGACGCCCCUGCAGAACACGGUGGAGGAGCUCUUCAGUCUGCUCAACUUCCUGGAACCGGAACGCUUCCCCUCGGAGAACACCUUCAUGCAGGAGUUUGGAGACCUCAAGACUGAGGAGCAGGUCCAGAAGCUGCAGGCCAUCCUGAAGCCCAUGAUGCUGCGACGUCUCAAGGAGGACGUGGAGAAGAACCUGGCCCCCAAGGAGGAGACCAUCAUUGAGGUGGAGCUGACCAACAUCCAGAAGAAGUACUACCGGGCCAUCCUGGAGAAGAACUUCUCCUUCCUGUCUAAAGGAGGACCGGGAGGAGGAGGUGGCGCAUGGGGAGGCGGAGGUGCACAGGUCCCCAACCUGCUCAACACCAUGAUGGAGCUGAGGAAGUGCUGCAACCACCCCUACCUCAUCAAUGGUGCAGAGGAGAAGAUCCUGGACGACUUCCGUGAGAACCACCAUGCCGAGAUGCCCCAAUUCCACCUACAGGCCAUGAUCCAGGCAGCGGGCAAGCUGGUGCUGAUCGACAAGCUGCUGCCCAAGCUGAAGGCCGGGGGACACAGGGUCCUCGUCUUCUCCCAGAUGGUGCGCUGCCUGGACAUCCUGGAGGACUACCUCAUCCAGAAACGGUACCCGUAUGAGCGUAUCGACGGCCGUGUGAGGGGUAACCUCCGGCAGGCUGCGAUCGACCGCUUCUCUCGUCCGGACUCUGACCGCUUUGUCUUCCUGCUGUGUACCCGGGCUGGAGGCCUGGGCAUCAACCUGACCGCUGCCGACACCUGCAUCAUCUUUGACUCGGAUUGGAACCCCCAGAAUGACUUACAGGCGCAAGCCAGAUGCCACAGGAUUGGCCAGAGCAAGGCAGUGAAGAUCUACAGGCUGAUCACCAGGAACUCCUAUGAGAGGGAGAUGUUUGACAAGGCCAGCCUCAAGCUGGGCCUCGACAAGGCUGUGCUGCAGUCCAUGAGUGGCCGAGAAAACGCAGCCAACGGGGUUCCACAGCUGUCUAAGAAGGAGGUGGAGGACCUCCUCCGUAAAGGAGCCUACGGAGCUCUGAUGGACGAGGAGGACGAGGGCUCGAAGUUCUGCGAAGAGGACAUUGACCAGAUCCUCCUGAGACGAACCCAGACCAUCACCAUUGAGUCCGAGGGCAAGGGGUCCACCUUCGCCAAGGCGAGUUUUGUGGCUGCUGGGAACAGGACGGACAUUUCCCUGGAGGACCCGGACUUCUGGCAGAAGUGGGCCAAGAAGGCAGAGCUCGACAUGGAAGCCAUCAAUGGACGGAACACCCUUGUGAUUGACACUCCGAGGGUGCGGAAGCAGACACGCCACUACAGCUCGAUGAAGGAGGACGAAUUGGCCGAGUUCUCCGAGCUGGAAAGUGACGGCGAGAACGAGAAGCCCUUGACCAAACCCAGGCGGCCCCAGGACCGAGCUCACGGGUACCCCCGCAGCGAGUGCUUCAGGGUGGAGAAGAACCUGCUGGUUUAUGGGUGGGGUCGCUGGGGAGACAUCCUGUCCCGCGGGCGUUUCAAGCGGCCCCUGCAGGAGCAAGACGUGGAGACCAUCUGCCGCGCCCUGCUGGCCUACUGCCUGCUGCACUACCGUGGCGACGAGAACAUCAAGCGCUUCAUCUGGGACCUCAUCACGCCCUCUGAGGACGGACAGAGCCGCACACUCACCAACCACUCCGGUCUGUCUACUCCAGUACCGCGGGGUCGUAAGGGGAAGAAGGGGAAACCAGCCCCGCCUGCCCCUCCCCAGCUUCCCAGGGCAGAGUGGCUGGCCAGCUGUAACCCUGACCUGCUACUGCAGGAGGACAGCUACAAGAGACACCUCAAACACCACUGUAACAAAGUUCUACUGAGGGUCCGUAUGCUCUACUAUCUGCGACAGGAAGUCAUCGGUGACCAAGCCGACCGGAUCCUAGAGGGAACAGACUCAAGUGAAAUGGAUAUCUGGAUCCCGCAGCCUUUCCACGCCGAGGUGCCCGCCGAUUGGUGGGACAGCAAGGCAGACAAAUCGCUGCUCAUCGGUGUCUUCAAACACGGCUAUGAGAAGUAUAACUCGAUGCGUGCCGACCCUGCGCUGUGUUUCUUGGAGCGGGUGGGCAUGCCCGACGCCAAGGCCAUCGCUGCAGAGCAGAGGGGGGCGGACAUGAUGGCAGAUGGUCCGGAGGGAGAGGAUGAAGACCCAGAGUACAAGCCUCUCCGCAUGACCUUUAAAGAUGAGAUGGAGGACUUCGCGAACUCACCCCUGGAUGACAAAGAGGAGACUGUGGACGUUGAGAGUGGUGAAUCUAAACCAGGUGAGAAUGUAGCAGGCAGCAGAGGGGCGGGUCGUCUGUACUGGCCGGCGGCCUCGGCCCUCACCGCUAGACUCCGCCGCCUCAUCACGGCCUACCAGCGCACGCACAAGAGGGAGCAGCUCCGCCAGGAAGCCAUGGCACGGCCCGACGGACGCCGCCGCCGCCAGCCCCGAGAACAUCUCUUCUCCAUGGUCACAGACGGAGGAGGGGCCUACGUGCAGGAGGACGGAGCAUUCAUGACAGAGGGAAGUCCUUAUAUGGCCAAGGGCGGCGCUUUUAUGCCUGAGACGACGGGGCUCCUGGCGGAAGGAGGGGCCGCCUUCAAAGAGAGGCGUCAGAGGUGGACCAGGCGUGAGGAAUCAGACUUCUACCGGGUUGUGUCCACGUUUGGUGUGAUCUAUGACACGGACCGCCAGCGCUUUGACUGGACCCAGUUCAGGGCCUUCGCCCGGCUGGACAAGAAAAGUGACGAGAGCCUGGAGAAAUACUACUUCUCCUUCGUGGCCAUGUGCAAGCGGGUGUGUCGCAUGCAGGUCAAGGCCAACACUGAGCUCCCAGACCCUACCCUGAUCAUCGACCCCAUCACGGAGGAACGCGCCUCACGCACCCUCUACCGCAUUGAGCUGCUGCGUCGCAUUCGCGAGCAGGUGCUGCCCAACUCCCUGCUAGGUGAGCGCCUGCGCCUCUGCCAGCCUAGCUCCGACCUGCCCGAGUGGUGGGACUGCGGCCGGCACGACUACGACCUCCUCCUGGGCGCCUCCAAGCACGGCGUGAGUCGCACUGACUACCACAUCCUCAACGACCCUGCGCUGGGCUUCCUGGAGGCCCACAGGAAGUUCACCAAGGGGGGAUUGGCUGGGGUGCCUCAGCCGCCCCGCGAUGGAGCUCUCUCUACUGCUUCUUCCUCUUCCACUGAGCAGGCUACAGCUACUGCUGGUGCUGAAAAAUCCUUACCUGUCCAAGAGGACGAAGAAGGGAAGGAGAUGAAAGAGGAAGGUAACGACAUUCCAUGUACUAAACCUGAGAAACCAGACGAAGGCAAGGAAGAAGAGAUGGAGGCGAAGAAGGAAGAGAAGGCCGGGUCUCCCAAGAAGGCGAAGAAGGAAGAGAAGGCCGGGUCUCCCAAGAAGGUGAAGGAGGAAGAGAAGGCCGGGUCUCCCAAGAAGGUGAAGGAGGAAGAGGAGGAAGACAAAGAGGAGGAAAUGGAGGUCAACGGCGACGCUGACGGAGAGACUUCCAAGGAGGCCAAACCCGAGAAGGGGUACAAAGCUCCCACUGAGGAGACCAAGGACCAGGACAAAAAGCUGGACUUCCAGGAGAAACCAGAGUCUCCUAAAGCAUCAGAAGAGCAGGGAACCAAGAAAGAAGAGAGAGAUGAGAAAGAAGGAAGCCCUGCCAAGUCUCCUAAACCAGUGGCUGAGAAAGGGCCCGAUGAGGAGAAGAUGGAGGAAGACGACAAGUCUGAGAAGUCCUCUCAAGCUGAAGCGGGCGCCACCUCAGAGCAGAAGAACUUUGACGAGGAGAGCAACGCCUCACUGAGCACCACGGCCAGAGACGAGACCCGCGACGGGUUCUGCCCCGAGGACGGAGAGCCCUCUGCCAUCCCGGCCCUCCAGGAGAGAACYACCUCAUCCUUCUGGCCCAAGGACCGUGUCAUGAUCAAUCGCAUGGACAACAUCUGCGAUGCGGUCAUCAAGGGCAAGUGGCCCGCCAACCGACGCCAGUUCUUCGACUUCCCGGGCCUGUUGCCUGGAUACCCCGGCCCCAUGACGUCUGAAAGCCCCAUGCCGAGGCAGAGCCUGGCCGAACUGUCGAUGGCAGCGGCCGUUCAGACCAGCUUCAGUGGCAGCGAGGACCUCACCCUCUCGCCCCAGGCUAAUGACGAUGCUCUGAGCAUAUCAUUGCCGAAGCAGCGUCGUCGCAGGCGGAGGAAGGUGGAGAUAGAGGCAGAGCGUGCGGCCAAGCGCAGGAACCUGAUGGAUAUGGUGGCCCAGCUCAGAGAGUCUCACGCUGCAGAGUCCCAGAGCCAGGCCAUGGAUCUUACCAAGGGUAUUCUGCACCAGCACCACAAGUCUUCAGCGCCCUCCCCGGCGAGCUACUCCAGCAGCAUGGUCUCACCUGCUGCCCUCAAGGCACAGAUGGAGCUUCUGCAGCCGGCCACACCUUCCAGACACAGGGCCAACUGCUCAUUGGCCGAGGCUGACCUGCCCACCAGGAGGAGGCGGGGCCGCAGGAAAAAUGUGGAGGGGCUGGAGCUGCUGUUCAUGAGAGGAGCCACGGAGGAUUCAGAGAGGACCAAAGCUUCAGUGGAGGGGUUGCAGAUGCCCCCACGUUCCCACCGCCACAACAUUCCCAGCACCUCCGCCUGUGUCCCCUCUGUCAGCGCUAUGGAGGACAGGGAGGCUGGUACCCCCUCUAACAAAGACCUGAGUGACUGGCUCAGACAGCACCCCACAUACACCAUGGACAUGCCUACUGCGUACACACCAAAGAGUGAGGAGACGCUCCUCUCCUCCCAGUUCCCCAAACCCAAGCAAAAGAGACACCGCUGCCGGAACCCCAACAAGAUCGACAUCAACACGCUCACCGGAGAAGAGAAGGUUCCCGUGAUCAACCGGAGAAACGGAAGAAAGAUGGGUGGUGCCAUGGCCCCUCCCAUGAAGGAUCUUCCCAGAUGGCUCCUGGAGAACUCAGAUUUUGCCGUCGCUCCAGACUGGACUGACAUUGUCAAGCAAUCGGGCUUCCUCCCUGAGGCCAUGUUCGACCGUCUCCUGACUGGGCCCUUGGUGCGUGAGGAGGGUGUCCGUCGUCGGGGAAGACGUCCCAAAUCGGAGAUCGCCAAGGCAGCAGCGGCCCAGGCUGCAUCCUCUGGGGGCCUUAACCCCCUGCUGAUAAACGGCUUGUUUGGAGGCAUGGACCUCACCAGCUUGCAGGGCCUACAGAGCCUCCAGAGUCUGCAGCUGCAGCUCAUGGGCUUCCCCGGCAUGGGGGGGGCUGACGCUAAACACGCCUCGGCCAUGCUGCCUCUCAUGCUGCCUGGCAUGGCUGGUAUGGGCGGUCUGCCCAACAUGUUUGGCCUGGGAGGCCUGUUCGCAAGCAACCUGGCUGCAGCCACGCCUGCUGCAGCCUCCAACGGCACCAACGACGAGGGCGAUUCAGACGAGACAUCGAAGAGAGACGCCAGGGAGGGUGGACAAGAGCAGGAUGAGGAGAAGGACGACACUGGGGAGGAGGCAGAGUCGAGCAAGGCUAAUGGGGAGGUCGUGGCUCUGAAUGUGGCUGCUGCCGCUAUGGCCGCCUCCGGCAUGUCAGCUACCUCACUGGCCUUCAAUCCCUUCCUGCUCUCCACCAUGGCCCCGGGGCUCUUUUCCCCCUACAUGUUCCUGCCCCCUGGUCUGGGAGGUCUCACCCUGCCUGGCUUCCCCCCCACUGCCCUGGCUGACCUGCAGAGUGCCAUGGCUGGAGCCAUGGGGGUUGCCUCUGGAGCUCAGGGCCAGGAGAAGGAGCCCGGCCAGGUUGCCCUGGACCGCCCUGCUGCCGCUACCGCAGACCCAGAGACUGCUGAUGACAGUGACUCAGCUGAGAGCCUGGAGAAGACUGCAGAGUCGUCUGCGCUAGAAGAUGAGGCCUCAGCAUUGGCAGAGGAAGCCGACUCACCGGAAGACCUGGAGGCCGAGGAGGAAGGAGAGGAUGCCCUUGAGGAAGAGAAGAGUGACUGAAUCGAACUGGCCUUUGACCCCCCCCCACCAAACUGAUAUCCAAACAUAUGAAUUUGUUUUUUAGUUUUUGUUUCUUUGACAGGUAAACAUUUUAAUCAGGGAGAGCAUAUGUAGCUAAAAGGCUCUUAAUGUAUUGUUAAUGGCAUAGUCAGGGAAAAAGCUAACUGAAGUAGAGUUUUGCGGAUGUUUUAAGGGUGUUAUUUUUGGUCUUUGUUCACUGAACGGUGCAUUCUAGAUGAAAUGGGAAAUUUCCUCAAAUAUUAUUAUAGGAAUUAAUCGUUCCAAUAGUGCUAUGCUGCUUUUCUGUUUCAUUUAUUAUUAAAUUUUUUGGUGGAUAUUGUGACAGUAAGUAGCAUCUCGUAACUCUCCAGUGGCGUACAAUUUAACGGCAUUAAGCGUCUGUCUAUAUGCUGCUGAUGAAAAGGAUCAUGGGUAAUUUAGAUUUUGCUGUUGUACUGUUCUGCUUUUAAGAGCAGGAUGAAGUUCUCACAAAUCAGAUGGCCUAAUAAUCUGACGUGGU